UGGUUGUUUGGGUACAGGGAGGUGUUCAUUGGUUGGGAAUGGUUCCCGUUUACCAGGGCGAAAAUGAAACCGAAUUCUAAAUUAACAAUCUAAAUUAACAAUUGAUAUGUCAGUGACCCUCGCUCAAUCAGUCCAGCAGGCAAAGGCUUAUUGAGCGAAUGUACCGACAUAUCAAUUGUCGAUCGUUUAUUCAUUUAUCAAAUUCAUUUAAAGAGAAGUUGAGCAAUGCACAUUCGUCGUUAUUUAUUUCAAUCUUUAUGUGUUAACAACGCAUUCUAUGAUUAUUAUUUAUUUAUUUUAAAUGACUUAUCUAUAUAAAUAUAUCUAUCGCGAAUAAUUUAGUUUUCUGGCACGGGUGGCGCUGUCUAGCUUUUAGUCCCUGAAGUACAUACAACUUCCGGGUUUCAAUGUUUACAUCUGGGAGCUGAUUUCAAACGUUGCAAAUCCAGAUUUCUACUUGGCUAGAGUUUACGAAAACUACGCGCAUUUAAGUUUGGUUUGAUACUGCACCGUAACGUUUUAAGGACGAACGUUUACUCGCAAGUCCAUUUAAUUUGCAAAGGUAACUAGACCUGUUCUGGUUAAGAUAGCUACUAUACGUACCACAGAUGAUCCUGUUUUGCAUUUUUAUAUCCGAGAUUUGUUGUUUGUUUAACUAUUCUGGAAAUAAUAGUCAUGAAAAAGAAAAGCAAACGUGCGCGGUUGUCUGAUCCUUCACAAGAGAAAACCGUGAACGUUAUUGCCAGUGGGUUCCAGAAAUCACCUGGAAACAGAGGGCGACCACGAAAGAAAGCCACGCCGACCCCACCACAACAACAUGGUUUUAAUCACAGUAACCCUCCAUCACCAGAGCAGUCAGCAAGUUUUAACUUAAGCAUGACAGCAGUCGGCGUGACACACAGUCAUAUUGACAGCAAAUCAAAAACAUCAGGUAGACUACCUCAAGCUCUCUGUCGGCUCUGCCAUGGUAAAUUCUCACCACGAAGUUUACGGCACGCCUUUAACAAGUUGCCUAAGGAUUUGGCCGAGCUCCCAGACUAUGAGGACAGUGCUCCUCAGUCCCCCCUCCUCUUCCACAAUGACUUCCAGAGGCUGGUGGGGGUCCCACUGGACCGAGACCCCCGGCUGUCAGAGUUUGUCUGUAAGAAAUGUUACACCAACUUCUACAAAUGUCACAGCGUCCUGCUCAGGUUUCUCCAGAGAGUUAACCUGCUGCCUGUCGGCAAAGAAAACGCUAGAGACCGGAAGAAUGAAACGAGUCCUCAGUCAUUGGUGAAUCUCAGUUCGACAAUGCCGCCGUCUUUCACGGCCGACCGCAAGUGCCUCCACAGCCUGGUGUCCUGGGCUCACCACCACGGGGAGGCCUGCCGUUCCUGCCCUGACCUCAAGGAGGUGCUGGAGGGCCAGUGCUGGGGCUCUGUCCGGGCCGUGUGGGGCUGCUUGAGUGGUCACAGUCACAUCAUGGACACGCAGCGCACCGCUGGCACUAAUAGUGAUCCGGGAUAUGUGGCAGAACUAAGCUGUGCUCUAUUGGGUGGCGGCAAAGGGGCCUGUGAAGAGGGCGACGAAGGAGAUGUCAACACACAGGAAGAAGAAGACCAGGAUGAUGAAGUAGGCGGGGGCAGGUCCAGUCUUUCCGCAGCUGCUAAUCGGACGCACCACUCAGGCCGGAAGGAUGGUGCUGUGUACCCAGAAGACGAGUUCCUAGGUCGUGAGCAGGUCCCAUUCCCUCCUGCACAGCUGCGCAACAUGACAGCAGACGGCGAGAUGUCAGACAGAGAUCUAUCUAUUGAGGAGGACUUUGAUGAGGGUAGGAAGAGAAACGCCUCAGACGACGAACUGUUCCAGCCUUAUCAGGAUAAAAGGCCUCGGAGAGUGACAGGCCCAGGCAAGAGGAGGCGCGGCCCGGCCACCCGAGAGGAGCCCAAGGUCCGAGGUAAACCGGGACCCAAGCCUGGCUGGAAGAACAAGUUCAAACCUCAAGGUGAAGAGCUACCCAAUAUCUACAAGUGUCCAUAUCAGGGAUGCACAGCAGUAUACAGAGCUACUGAUGGGCUAAAGAAGCACAUAAAGGAGCAGCACGAGGAGAACCGAGAACGGCCCUGUCCUUAUCCUGGCUGCAACAAGAUCUUUAUGAUUGACCGCUACCUGCAGCGACACGUCAAGCUUAUUCACACAGACGAGAGGAACUACAUCUGUGACCAGUGUGGACAGACAUUCAAGCAGAGGAAGCAUCUAUCAGUCCACCAGAUGCGUCACUCUGGAGCUAAGCCACUGCAGUGUGAAGUGUGUGGCUUCCAGUGCCGCCAGCGCGCCUCUCUCAAGUACCACAUGACCAAGCACAAGGCCGAAGCCGAUCUGGAGUUUGCCUGCGUCCUGUGCAGCAAGCGCUUUGAGAAGGCCCACAACCUCAACGUCCACAUGUCCAUGGUCCACCUGCUGACCCAGGGGGAGGCCCUGAGAGGGGUCCCCCUCCAGCAGCAGCCCACGCCCAGCCAGCUGUACUCGGACUCGCACGCAGUCACAGAGACGGGAGAGGGGGCCCAUCAGCCAGAACAGGAGAGAUGACCCUGGAGCAACAACCGUCUGCCCCGACAGCUUCAGGGAUUUGUUCGGGGGGCCGUGGGUCCCUUUCCUUUGUGGACAAAGACACUGUGUUUACAUGGGUUCUGAUCUCGGAGGGAUACGCCAUGUUCUCCUUGUUUACAAUAUCAGACCAUCCUGAUUGACAAACUGAUGCCAACAAUGAUUUAAAGAAAACCAUCUAAGCAGCUAAACAGGGUGUAAACAGUAGAAGAAAAGUCAUCAUAUCCCCAUUUUGAUAUGUAGGACAGGUUGAAGAAGGGUAAAAACUAAAGCCUGGAGCUCCAAGGAGAGUAAAGGUUACUAGCUGAAGCAUAGUUUUGUCCUUGCUGGCCAUCAAAACCGGAACUGUAAUCGUUAUGGGAGUUAUGGUCUCAUUUAAGCACUAUGCAUAUUGAAUACACAUUUAUUCCUUAAAGAGCACCACUGACAUUUAAAGCUGCUGUAGCUUUGAUUUGGGAGUUGUACAGAGAGCAGCAGAGUGAUAUUAGAACUAUCAAACAGAAAAUGUUCCCCUACGUUUCUCCGACAUUCUGAAGUCUUGCAUUUCACACACCUUUGAUUGACGGGCAGGAUGGAUUCCGUAAUGAGCUGGUAGUGGACUAAAUCCUUAAGUCUCAUACAGAAGCCGGCGCAGUCAACUUGAAAGGCAUAUUUUCACAACACAUUUAACGAAUAGCUGACGGAUGGCUAUACUUUUUCCACAAAUCCUCUUGAUUCUUAACUUUUUAGCUUUGAAACAAUAAUUUAUUCUCCAUUACUAAUACACCAUCCAAUUCCUACAUUUGAAACCAUUUAUUCAAUUAUUCAUUGUUGCCAACCCGUUCUUCCAGACGGCUCCAUGGACUGUGUCUACUCGUAGAAACAUGAACCUCUUGCGUAAGAUGGUUUUAUUGAGUUAUUCUGAGGAAUAAAACAAAUGAUUUCAACUAUAUAAUGUAAACCGUGCAAUGGCAGAUGCAAAUGUAUAAUACAGACUUUAUAAGUCAUGUGUGUGUGGUUCAUGGGCUGCCUGAUGUUUAGAGGGGUUACUGAUGUAUGUUCCAGCAGCAGUCUGUUUCUAAGACCAUAAAUAUAAGCACUGAAACUACAUCGUUAAAACUACGCCAAAAUGACAUCCCCCAAAACACCAUGUCCAAGAACACCAAAGUGUGAAUUGAAGAUGGGGUGGGAGGUUUCUUGUCGGCCUCACGGGUCAAAGGUCCUCCCAGUGAGUCAGAGCAGGAAGUCCAUCUCUUGGCUGAGCCCGGCGGGGCCGAGGUGUGUGGAGAGGGCUGCAGCCACCUCCGGGUCCAGCUCCGCACACAGGGACUCCAGCUGCAACGCAUCAGGGGGACGCAUGUUUGUAGGUCCAGUUUAGAAAUACAGAUGCACCGCUUCACGCAUCACAUUGCUUGUGACAUAAUCUACCUGGCUAUAUUGGGAGGAGGAGAGAGCAGUUGGGCGGGUCUGGGAUAUGGUCCUCAAUAAAAACUGCCGGGCUUGGUCCAAGAUCUGCGAAGGCUCCAUCUGACAACAAGAUACACAUCCAUCAUCAUCUAUCAGUUCUGUCCCGCUGUGGUAGAGAAAGCUGUGAGUUGAUGCACAGUUAAAACCCACUGUAUACAAUACGUUUAAAUCCAUAGCCCCUCACCUGAUUGAUAUGGGGCUCAGCCAGUAGAUUGGGUGUGUGUCCAUCCAGGAAGAGUUUAAACAGGUAGGCAUAGCAGAGGACGGCAGUGUGGAGGAAGCCCGGACACAAGAC